GGCGGAGCUGCCGCCCUGCCGCGACUUUCAGACGCGGACCAUGGCCUCGCGCUGCUGGCGGUGGCGGCGCGGCUGCUCCUGGAGGCCGGCGGCACAGAGCCCCGGGCCCGGCUCCCUGGGAGGUGCAGGGCCGCCCGGGCCGCGCGCCGCUGCCGACGUCCUCGCGCAGGUGAGGAAGAGGACAGGAUUGGGAAACUCCUUUAUGCCCUAUAUUAAUCUUGUGAAGCAUUUAACAUCUGCCUUUCCAAAUGUGUAUAGUAUAUCACGGUUUCAUCACACAACCCCUGCAGUGUGCUGUUAUAGUAAAACACGCAGUGGUGAGAAAUACACCGACCCUUUCAAACUUGGUUGGAGAGACUUGAAAGGUCUGUAUGAGGACAUUAGAAAGGAACUGAUCAUAUCUACAACAGAACUUAAGGAAAUGUCUGAGUACUACUUUGAUGGAAAAGGAAAAGCCUUUCGACCAAUUAUUGUGGUGCUCAUGGCCCGAGCAUGUAAUAUUCAUCAUAAUAACUCCCGAGAUGUGCAAGCCAGCCAGCGCUCCAUAGCCUUAAUUGCAGAAAUGAUCCACACUGCUAGUCUGGUUCAUGAUGAUGUUAUUGAUGAUGCAACUUCUCGAAGAGGAAAGCACACAGUUAAUAAGAUCUGGGGUGAAAAGAAGGCUGUUCUUGCUGGAGACUUAAUACUUUCUGCAGCAUCUAUGGCUCUGGCACGAAUUGGAAAUACAACUGUUAUAACUAUUUUAACCCAAGUUAUUGAAGAUUUGGUGCGGGGUGAAUUUCUUCAGCUAGGGUCAAAAGAAAAUGAGAAUGAAAGAUUUGCACACUACCUUGAAAAGACCUUCAAGAAGACUGCAAGCCUGAUAGCCAACAGUUGUAAAGCAGUAUGUACGUUCUGUCUUUUUUCAAGUUAAAAAGCCCAUAGCUCUUUAAAGGGAGCUAAAUCUAGAAACAUUUAAUUGGAGAACCUUAAAAUAGUAUCCAAAGUCCCAAGAGGUCAAUGAGGAAAGAAUUACAUACCUAAAUAACAGAGAACAUGUGCUGUGGAUUUCAUUUUUGCCAUCUUGGGGAUGUGCAAGAGUUAACUUUUCAUCUUUUCUUCCCAAGAAUUGAGUCAAGAU